AUGACGAUUCCGCAACCAAAUAAUCACAUAACGCGAGCCAUAACUAUCAGACAGCAUCUGAAGCGCCUCCAGGAUCUGGUCAGCGCUGAUGAAGCGGGUGAUUUACAAGCACAUAAGGAGCUAUUGAAAUCCAUUCGUGGGUUGCAGCUGGCAGUAGAAACCCCUUUCGAGACCCUUUUCCGCUUGAACUUCCAGUCGUUACAAAAUAUUGCGAUUCGCAUUGCCACAGAAAAAUGCUGGCUUCACGUUAUUGCGGCAGCGAAGGGCCGGGCCAUUAAAGCUACCGAUGUUGCCCAGCAGACAGGCACUAACGCCCUUAUCACUGCUCGACUCCUACGUCUUUUGGCAGCUACCGGGCUUUGUGAGGAGGUGGGAAUUCAGACUUACGCUGCAAACCAUCGGACAGACUUUUAUAGUCAACCUGGUACUGUUGCAGGAGUCAAAUUCCAACAUGAUAUAACCUUCCCAAUGCUGAUAAAGUCCCAGGGUGGCCAGCUAAGCGAAUAUAUGCGAUCUCAUGAUCUCCAACUGACGGCAAAGGACUCAAAUACGAAAACAUUGUUUCAGUUCACCUACAACAAAGAAAAUCUGUUUGAUUUGGUAGAGACAAUCCCAGAGCGAAAGAGGCUAUUUGACGAAUACAUGUCCUGGCGAGACCGCGGUCAACAGUGCGGAUGGUUUGAAAUUUACCCUGCCAAGGAAUGGUUACCCAAAACAAAAUGUCAACAUGAUCAGGCAUUUGUGGUGGAUAUUGGGGGUGGUAAAGGGGAAGUCCUCGCCCGAUUCAGAGAUAGCUAUCCUGAUCAUCCUGGCCGGUUGAUCCUGCAAGAUCUCUCGUCGACGUUCCAGCAUUUAGACCAGCCCCCUGACGGUAUAGAACUAAUGGAGCAUGACUUUUUCGCACCUCAGCCUGUACAGGGGGCAUGCAUUUACCUCCUUUCCCGAGUCCUUCACGACUGGUCAGACUCGAACUGCGAGAAGAUACUUUCCAACAUUGUGUUAGCUAUGGACCCCGAUAAUUCUACCUUGUUGAUUGUCGAUCGCGUUCUAAAGGACCAAGGGGUGGACCUUGGAGAGGCUAGUUUUGAUAUUCUGAUGUGGAUGAACUACUCUGCAAUGGAACGUUCCACCCAACAAUGGCAAAAUCUACUGGGAAGGGUAGGGCUGCAACUGGUCAGAGUCUGGCGCUCCUCCGGGGCCAGUGAAUGUGCCUUGGAGGUUAAGGUACUGAGGGCAAACUAA